AUGCUUAGAAGUUGCAGGAAGUUACAAGCUCAGAGCAGGAAGAAGGAGUACGUAGAUCGAGGGUUUAGGGAUAUGGAGUUUAAGGAGGGAGAGCAAGUGUUGUUGAAGGUUUCACCCACGAAAGGUGUGGUGAAGUUUGGUAAGCGAGGUAAGCUCAGUUUGAGGUAUAUUGAGUCGUUUGAGGUUUUUAAGCAUGUGCGAGACAUGGCCUAUGAAUUGACUUUGCCUCUAGGUUUGUCUGGAAUACACCCGGUGUUUCCUGUGUCUAUGCUGAAGAAAUAUCAUGGUGAUGGGAAUUACAUUAUUCGCUUGGAUUCGAUCCUAUUUGAUAAAUAUUUGUCUUAUGAGGAGGAGUCUGUAACUAUUCUGGAUAGGGAGGUUCGCAAGUUGAGGUCUAAGGAGAUUGCAUCUGUGAAGGUACAAUUGAAGAAUUGUCCAGCUGAGGAGUCUACUUAG